UUCACGUCAUCAAUCAGCAGGUGGCUGCAGGGCGCGUCUCGCGUUCUUAUUUAAUUCUCCAGUCACAUUUAGGAUUUAAUACUGAUCAUGGAGUGCAUAAGUUUGUAUUUUUGUUGUUCUUUGUACUUUCUUGGCAUACUGCACAUUGCCAGAGUUUACACUUGCGGGACCGUGGGUCAUCUAGAAUAUAGCAGUGUCGUCCAUGACAUGGCGCCCAAGCCAGGAGCGGUCAGGCUGUGUAGGGCUACAGGAGACAGUGAGUUUAUGAAAAACCCUCCGGUUAUGCGACCAUAUCGCGUUUUCCCAAUGUUCCGACAUGUUCCGGUUCCCCUCGUUGACAGUGAGCUGUUCAGACCCGUCUCCGAGAGAAGACACGUUCCAAAUCGUUUGACUAGUCUUCUAAUUCCUAAAAAGAACCCUCAGCGCAUCCAAGUGUCUCCGGUGGAUAAUGGUCAUGGUGUGCAGGUGUGGUGUGGUUACAGUAAGAUCUCAGUGCGCAUGAAUAAGAACCUGAUGGGCUUCAAAAGUUCACCGUCUUCAUUUUACCUGGGAACGUGUCCUGUCUCUCGCUCAGACGAGAACUUCAUGUAUUUUCAUUACGACCUCAGUGACUGCGAUAGCUCUUUAACGAUGAUGAAAGGGCAGAUCAUAUAUUCCAACAUGGUCCACUAUACUCCAACAGAGCCUCCAGGGACAGUCAUCCGAGCUGUGCCCCUUACAUUAAACAUCCAGUGUCUAUACAAUAGAUAUCAUUAUUCCUACAAAAUGGGCUUCCUGCCUGUGGCGAGGGAGCGCAUGUUCCACAAGAUUUUUGAAAACAGGGCCAUGUUUAGUCUUUUUGUGUGCAAUGAACACUGGGAAAGACUUGAGGGAAAUGGGAGUUUUGUGCUUGGGGAGCCCAUGUAUUUUGAAGCAAGUGCUGCUUAUAUAUCUGAGGACGAAAGGAUUUUUGUUGACUCCUGCUAUGCAACAGCAUCAAGAGACCCAAAAUCAACUCCUCAACACAAAGUUAUUUUUAACUAUGGAUGUAUGGAGGACAGCAGAAGACAAGGAAGUCUGUCACGGUUCUUCCAAAGACAGUCGAACAUUAUAAGGUUUUCAGUCGAUGCCUUUUUACUCCCCCAAGUUACUGGCACGUACUUUUACCUGCAUUGCACAAUAUCGGUUCACAGAGCCACUACAAGUGCCACAGCAAAGUCAUGCACCUAUAACCGCGUAAAGAGAAGGUGGGAGGAACUCUACACCGAUGCAUCUGCUUGUGCUUGUUGUGAUUCCACAUGUGAACCUGAAUCAGCUUCUUCUUUGCCCCAUUUGAGACAAUCCAUAACAAGCAAACCCUGGAUUUUGGACAAAAAUGAACGAUCUUUAAUCAAGAGUAUGGAAGGAUGGGUCAAAGUUCAGGAGGACACAGAAAGGAUGAAGUACAAGAGUUUGAAAGGAAUCGAUGAAGAGGAAGAAGAUGGUGAUGCUGUGGAGAUUGUGACCAAUACUGAAGAACAAAUGGAAGCAAAAGAGAAAAAUAAAAAGGUGCCCAUGAAUUAUUUGGAUGAGGAUGUAGAGGUAAUUGUUGGGACAGUGGAAACUCCUGCUACAGAGUUAAAGUUUAAAAAGGGUGAUGGAUCUGGAAAAGUAAUGCUUGUUGAGGACAAGAAGAACGGGGAUGUUGAGGAUGCUGGGAGACGCAAGAGCACAAAUGGAACUGAUAAUGUUGGACAUUCUAGCGUUCAGUUGAUCGAAGAGCUUUUGGGAGAUGUUAACGACCGAGCAUCCAACAAGAGUGGAGCACAAGAAAUGAUUGACUUUACCAGGGAAGAGCUGUCCGAAGAUGAAAUCCAGCCUGACAAUUUUGAGAGAAACAUGCAUGUACAAAGCACAGUAUCAACACAAAUGUUGAUGGAUGAAGAGGUGUUUUUAAAUGCCAAACAUGAACCAGUGGAGUGGCAUCAAGAUGAACAUUAACUAACCCAAUGUGGGAGAAAUGGAGGACUGACUUUUGAGGUUGUUCCAGGGUCUCCGUGGUUUCUUGAUUGACCUUUCUUGGAGUUGCGUCUGUGGGGCAAAAGACCUCAGCAUACUUUAUGGAUUCAACUGAAUUCAAUAUACAAGUCAUUUUUUUCUGAACUUGUAUUGAAAUUGAUGCAUUCAUACGGUCUUCAAAGUACAAUGCUGACAUUAACUGUAAUGACAUCAGAAUAUUAAAAC